AUGCUUCACGAACUCUUGCUGGCACUUUCAGGCUUCUCGGGUGAUAUUAUCGUGUAUGUUUCCGAGCCACUGGUGGCGCCAUCAUCCACUUCCUCUCAUCAUCAUCCGACACUCAGCUCUUUAUCAUCACAGAACAAUGAGAAUCAUCCAACAGCAACAACAACCACAGCAACAACGAAUAUACAACCACAGAGAGAGGGAUUUUAUUUGGAUGAUCAGUUGCCCUUCUUACAUGAAUCGGAAAAGCACACCAUACAACAACUAUGCCAAAUAGGAUUUUAUUAUAAAAAGCUUUCGGAUUUUAUAACGCAUUAUUCGAGUGGAUCGUUGUAUAUAUUGGCUCUGAAACAAGGUUUACAGGAAAUACUGGAGGGAUAUUUGCGAAUUUUAACAAGAGCGGAACAAGAAUUUUGUAUAUGGGAAGAAGUGAGCUCCAAUGAGAUUGGUGGUGAGAAUUCAUCAUCAAUUUCAUCCCUCAAUCCUUUCUCUCCUACUCCUCCUUCAUUGUUUAAUUCUUCUUCUCUGGCAGUACAGCAACACAAUAAUUCAACAGGUGCCAUAAUGCCACUCACCUACCUGAAACAAUUAUUACGAGAUUAUGAAAUAAUAUUUCCAAAUUUAUUGGACAUUGUAAAACAAGUGCAGGCUGAGAAUUUGAGUGGAGCAAAAUUACUGGAUUUUCUCUAUAAUGCUACAUUUUCUGGAAUUCCAAUAAUUGAAGCCUCUAUUAAUCGCUUACUCUACCACUGUAAUGUAGUACUGAUGAAGCAAAUUUCAGCAUGGAUGAUUUAUGGCAUCAUUUCUAAUCAGAGUGAAUUUUUCGUUUGUGAAGAAGUAUCAUCACAGCCCAAUACUUCUCAAUCCGAGGAAGAUCUAUUGAAGACAAAUGAUGUAUGGGAGAAGCAAUACGUUCUUAAAACGAAUCAGAUUCCUUCUUACAUAUCUCUAAGAGUAGCAAACAAAAUUCUUUUCAUUGGAAAAGCAAUUAAGAUUUUACAAACAUUCAACAACAUUUCAAAAACAGAUAGGCAAUACAAGCUUCCAAAUGAAGAACUUGUAGGCUUCAAGGAAGCUAUGAAAAUACAUGAGACCUCUCGGAAAUACAACUCUUUUAAUUUUGAGUUCACAAUUGACAAGAUAAGAAUCAAUGUAGGAACACAUUUAUGGAAUUUAGUAGUGAUGGACUGUGACUUGCUAGGUUAUAUCAAAUCUGUACGAGAAAUGUAUUUUCUAGGAAUGGGAGAUUUUUUCUUGUGUUUUAUUGAGGAUUCUGAUAGAAUUUUCAACCAACCUCUUACUCCUCAACACUUGGUCAAGGAUUUGAAGAACAUUUUCAAACAGUCCUCUCUGAAAAGUUCUGCAGAUAAUUACAAGCUCCUAGAUCAUUAUACAGUUUCUUACAACAAAAUAUCUCUAACUGACACUUCUAACAGGUAUGAUUUACUUCGGUCCAAACACUGGCCCAACGAAAUUACUCUCGAAUUUAAUGUGGGAUGGCCACUGAAUUUAUUCUUCACUGAUGAUUUGAAGGAAAUGUACAAUGAAAUCUUCAAAUUCUUACUCACUUGUAAGCGGAUUCAACACAAACUAACAACGUCCUGGAUUCCACUCACCAGAAAUAGAAGCUUGAAAAUAUUUUCAGGGUUGUCAUGGACCUUGUUGUUGCGAUUGAAAAUGGCAAAUUUUGUGAAUAGUCUACAAUUUUAUUUGCAUACGGAGGUGAUAGAAGGAGAAUUUAUGGCUAUGGAAAAGUCAAUUAAGGAAACCAAAGACUUUGAGACUGCUAAGCGUUUGCAUCAAACCUGUAUUGCAAAGAUACAUCAAAGAUGCUUUUUAAACAAGAAACAAAUCAUGAUACCUCUCUUCACAAUGCUGGAUCAAUGCCUGAAUCUUUGUGACUUGGUGAGCAUGCUGAGCAACGAUUUGAGACAAGAACGUUUUCAACAGUCAUCGCACCGAUUGGAACAAAUUGAAAAAGACUUUGAGAGAAAUAAGAAUUUACUUAUUCAAAUUGCUCCUUUCUUGUUUGCUAUGGGAGAUGUUCAUGCAUUUAUAGACGAGAAAUAA